AAAUACAUCACCUGCAGGUCACAGAAACGUGUGAUGCGCUUAUUGGGCCGAUGAUGAAGUGAUCAACUAGUGCAUCUGAGGGGCAUCAGAGGGGCGCGAGAAGCUCUGCUCCGGCUUAUUUCGAGAGCUAAGAAGCUGCCCAUAUUAAUAGUCCAGUUUUGCUGCAUAGUCUUUACUCCUGACAGACACUUCUCAUCCAUCACACCAUCCUGCAUCAUGGCCACCGUGACAGAAAGCCAGGUUAACCCACCUCCAGUCACUGAAAAGACUCCUCUGCCACAAUAUGUCCAUCCCCCAGAGACAAAGGAACAGCUUGACUAUGCCGACCUGGUCACUCUGGAUAUGGCCGAGUUUGAUCGCCCGGGAGGAAAAGAGAGAUUGGCAGAGCAAUUGAAAGAAACAGCCCAUCGAGUUGGCUUCUUCUACAUCACCAACUUCGGCCUUUCGCAGGCCCAGAUUGACCAGCAAUUCGCCAUCGCCAAGCAAUUCUUUGCUCUCCCAGAGGAGGAACGGAUGAAAUAUCGCGCUCCUCUGGAGGACGGCAACUACAAUGGUUACCGCCCCUUGCGUUCGAUCGAGAUCUUCCCUGGACUCUACGACAACCUGGAGUUUUACAACAUCUUCAAGUUCAUCCCCCAGACCCAGCGAUCUCAGCCGGAGAUCUUCCGUCAGUACUGGGCCGAGAUCGAAAAGUUCCACCGUCACAUGCAUGAGAACGUGUCGUAUAAGCUGCUUCGACUGCUGGCCAUCAUCCUGGAACUGCCGGAAGACCAGCUGGUGGAUGGACAUCGCUACGAAGCCAACUGCGACAGUUCUCUUCGCUAUAUGAUGUACCGCGCUCGUACUGAAGAAGAAAACAGCAAAUGCAGAGACACUUAUCUGCGCGGCCACACAGACAACGGUACUAUCACAUAUGUAUUCCAACAAUCGGUCGCUGCGUUGCAGGUCAAGCGCACCGAGGAAUCCGACUGGCAACAUCUCCGGAUCACCCCGGGCAUCAUGGCAGUAAACCUGGCCGACAUGCUGCAGUUCCUGACCAACGGAUACCUCAAGAGCGGCAUCCACCGUGUCAUCGCACCGCCUGAUGACCAGGCCACCAUUGACCGUCUGGGACUGCUGUACUUUGUGCGUCCCAGUGACAGACUCAUGCUGAAGACAUUGGACAGCCCCUUCUUGCAGAGGGUUGGUUUCGGCAAGCAGGGCACCGAGAAUGAUGAGGAUAUCCCAGCAUCCGAAUGGGUGAGAGCGCGUGUGAGGAAGAACUGGACCAGGUCGCCUUCGGACAACACUGAAAGUGUCAAGAUGGGAGGCUUCCAGGCCAAGGUUUUCUACAACUGAUUUAGUUCAUAGUCGAGAUACUCUAUAAAUAUAUUGUCGUUGCUUUGUGCUGCCAUUUUGUAUCUUAAGUUUUGACAGUGGUAUAGAAGUCUACGUAUAUAACCAUCAGACAACAGCCCAUCAUGACUGCCUUCUAGAUGCAGUGCAUAUGAUAAAAAGAUUAUCCAUUUGAUGAGCCCAUGUUUACAC